AUGCCCAUGAACAAAAUUGGACCCGCCAUCCAAGCCGGAAACACCAUAAUUCUCAAACCCUCCCCUUUCACACCCUACACGCUUCCCAAGAUAUGUGAGAUCGCCCAACAGCUCUUCCCACCGGGAGUUAUCCAAUGUCUUGGCAGCAGUGUCGACGAGGUGCACAAUUUAGGCAGCUUGAUGACGCAGCACCCGGGGAUUGGGAAAAUCUCCUUAACGGGGUCUGUGAGCACGGGGAAGAAAGUGAUGGCUGCGUGUGCGGGGACGUUGAAACGCGUGACGUUGGAAUUAGGUGGGAAUGAUGCAUGUAUUGUGUGUCCUGAUGUGAAGAAUAUUGAGCAUGUCGCGGGGGAGAUCGUGCUCAGUGCGUUUUUGAAUACGGGUCAGGUGUGUGUGGCUACGAAGAGGGUUUAUAUUCAUGAGGAUGUUUAUGGGGUGGUGAGAGAUGCAAUUGUUAAGAAGGUCGGGGAGAUGAAGGUCGGUGAUGGUGCGGCUGAGGAUGGGGUUAUGGUUGGACCGGUGCAGAAUCGGAUGCAGUUUGAGAAGGUUAAGGGCUUGGUUGAUGAGGUGAAGGAAUUGGGGUAUGAUGUUUUGACGGGUGGGGAGAAUCAUGGCCUUGAGGGAGUGGAUGAUGGCAGAAAGAAGGGAGGGUAUUUUCUUCCCUUGAUGGUGGUGGAUGAUCCGCCUAGGGAGUCGAGACUUGUCCGUGAGGAGCAGUUUGUCAGUGUCCCCUCUCUUCUCUCCCGAAUUAUUAAAUGUCUAACGAUGGAACAGGGCCCCAUCCUCCCCCUUCUGCGAUGGAGCUCGGAAUCAGAAGUCAUCCACUGGGCCAAUGAUACCCCUACUGGACUGAGCGCAAGUGUCUGGUCCAGUGAUAUAGCGAGGGCUCGUCGAAUUGCCGCCCAGUUGGAUGUGGGUAGUGUCUACAUUAACAGUACGCAGAAGCCGAGCUUUCAGGGUUUGUUUGGAGGACAUAAGGAGAGUGGAAUUGGGGUGGAAUUCGGACAGGCUGGGUUGUUGCAGUAUUGCAACGCGAAGUCGACGUAUAUUUGUUUUUAG